AUGUCAUUACAGAAUCAAAUUAAAUCUAAAUUCGGUCCCCCUACUAGAAUAAAACCUCAACCAUAUAGUAUAAUGUUGGAAAUGUUGGAGAACCAAUCCAACAGAAUAUUAACCAAUGAAUAUUAUACAGAAAUUGUUCAAACUUUAUCAAAUUUAGAAUCGCUAACAUCAAUUAAUCCUUCAAUGAUUGAUUUACAACCAGAAAUUCAAUGGUUUAUGAGACCAUUUUUAUUGGAUUUUUUACUUGAGCUUCAUUCAAGUUUCAAACUACAACCACAAACCUUAUUUUUAUGUAUGAAUAUAAUUGAUAGAUAUUGUUCGAAAAGAAUAGUAUUUAAACGUCAUUAUCAAUUAGUAGGUUGUACUGCAUUAUGGAUUGCUGGUAAAUACGAAGAUAAAAAGUCCAGGGUUCCAACUUUAAAGGAGCUAACCAUCAUGUGUAGAAAUGCCUAUGAUGAAGAAAUGUUUGUUCAAAUGGAAAUGCAUAUUUUGAGUACUUUAGAGUGGACAAUAAGUCAUCCAACAUUAGAAGAUUGCUUGCAAUUAUCAAUAAGAACACUAAACGUAACUAAUUCGAAUAUAACACCAUGUAAAUAUAACAACAAUCAAGCAAAUAAUUCAACUUCAACAUUAAGUGCAAUUACAGCUGUUGGUAGAUUUUUAUGUGAGUUAAGCUUAUAUGAUAAAUUUUUCUUAUCUGUUCCAACUUCAUUAACUGCAAUUACAUCAAACUUAUUAGCUUGCUCAAUGUUACAAAUUCCGACAGCAUCUAUAAAUUUCAAAGAAUUGAUCACAUCUCAUUUCAAUAAUAAACAUAAUCAUAAGAAUAAAAUCAAAAAAACAAAUUUGGAAGAAGCUAUUGACUUAGACUAUGAAACAGAUGAAACAAAUGAAGAUUAUUUUUAUGAGGAUACAAAUGAUACAACUUUUGAUGAAAAUAUUGAAAAUAAACAACCAGAGAUUGUUGGUGCAUUUUUGAGUGGAUUAGAUGAUUCGUCUUUAAAUAAUAUUAAAAAAAUUGCAUUAAUGCUAAUAAUUCAAUUAAGUAAAGUUACUGAAGUUUUAAGUAAAAAAUAUGAGAUUUUAGGAGUUAUUCAAGUUAUAAAUAAUUUCCAUUCAAGAAACACAAAUCUUAUUCAAACAAUUUAUGAACAACAAGAUUCAAUUAUCAACGAUUCUUUUAGUGAUUUAUUAAUUCAAUCAUCAGAGAUUUUAUUGAAUUUUCCUAGCCUAGAAGAUGAACCCGAAUUUGAGUCAGAUGAGGAAUCUUCAAGUUAUUUGAAUACUCCAAGGUCCCCUUAUCCAUUUUCAACUAGCUCACUCAGUUUAAAUACCAAUUCAUUUACAAGUGUACCACCAGUGACUCCUCCCUCAGCAACAUCACAGUAUUCAGUAUUCUCUAAUAAAAGAUCAGGCGAAAGUGUCGACUCAAGUUGUAAUACCCCAACUUAUGUCGCAAUAUCAUCAUUUGCACCACCUCAACCACCUCCAGGUUCUGAAUUAAGAACAAAAUCAAAAAUUAGGAAAAAUAGUGGUAAAAAUCGAGGAAUUGAUCAAUUUUCUCCAAUAAAAUCAACAAGCACAAAUAGUUCCUUAACCACAAGCUCACCAUUGAUGAAUCAUAAUUAUUAA